UAAUACCACAGAACACACAAGCACAGAUUCUAUUAGCUGUCAGAGAGAUAAUGGUAUCACCUAGCCUCUGAAAAGCUCCAGUGUGCACUGGUGAGAGAAUGAGAUCCAAAGGGGCAGAUCAUGUUGCUGUGUUCACAGGAAGAGAGUUUUCACCUUGUGGAUCCUCUGAAAGGGGAACCCACUUUCAGAAUCACUGGUAUAAUGGUGUGUUUUACACCAGUAGAGUUAAUACAGACAUGUUUCCACCUUAAGUACUGGAAGGAGUAGAACGUGGAAAACUGGUGUUGGACAAUUGGGAGUGCUGCGAGGCAUGGAGAAAUUAGCUGAUUAAAUGUCCUCUGUGGCUGUGAGGAAUAUUCCCCCUCCCAUUCAAGUGGCCAGCUCACACUGGGUGUCCUGCAGGCCUGAGUCAUGCCGACCUUAGGAGAAGGUACCCACGGACCUGGGUUCCAGGACGGUGGAACUGGCUGUCUAGGAGGAGGACAGAAGUUGGGACAGAGGAAAGGAGGAGUGUGGUUUGCUCCCCAGGGUAAGAAAGCUGGAUUUUUCUGGAGACAAACAGAGGAGCUGGGGCGUGCAGUUUCUGGAGAUCUGGGGAGGCCUGCAAAUGGCUGUGUGGGUAUCUGCUGAUGGACACUGGGGCGCCAGCCAGAGUUCCCCUGGACAGUCAGGCCUAGAGAGGGCAGUGCCUGGGGAGCUGCUGGCCUUCAGAACACCAUGCGGUUUCGAGCAAGCAGAGGCUAGUGCCAGGCACCACAGACUGCUGACCAGAAGCUCCUUCUGCCACUGCCACUGUCCUAACCUGGUAAUCCUCAAACCCCACCCCAGUGUUGGCUUUAGAAACUACAGCUGCAAAGUAGUCACCAGCAGGUCUGAGAUCACCGGCAUGAAUUUGAUUUCUAGCGCUGCCUUACUGGCUGGGAUGGCAUUGUCAAUAGAACCCACUUGGCAGGAUUCCCCCCGCCCCCCAACAGCAAGGAAGUGGUGCGUGGAAGCUCCUCAAACAGUGCCUGGCAUCAUAAAUGCUGUACAUAUCAUCUCUUGCACUUUGGAUGUCCUGGGGAUGUCAUACCUGCCACACCGUGUCCUCCGAGUGUUGCUAUGGCUAAAGUUUCGCCCUAUGUUUAAUUGAUUAAAGCCCUAAGGCUGGAGUCCAGGGGACCAAGAGCGUCCUGGAAAUUGCAGAAGUGCUCUACUGAACAGAGGGUGGCAGAGGCUGUGUGUGUGUGUGUGGGGGGGGGGCCACAGAGCCGGCCACUCCAGCCUGCAAGGUCUUCCUAUUCUAGCCCAUGGCACUGGGUCCUGCCAAGCAAACCCUUACGGGCUUCAGAGGGACUGAGGGCUUUUCUUUGAGUGUGAGCCCGGGCGUCCCACGCAGGGCACAGCCAGAUCAGUGCAAACUCCCUGAGAGUCCACAGGGGCCUGGAUCCUCUGGGGGGGGGGCGUGGGGGGAAAGUCGUGGCGCCUGUGAGUCUGAGCCGGGGAGGUGGGCGUGGGCAGGCAUAGGCAGGCACCGGGCCGGGCCGUCAAGGUUUCUGCCACCUGCCGUAGCCCGUAGCCAGGGUAUCUGGACUUGCCUGGAACUCUGUCCCCGCUUCCGGACUGCCCCUCUUCCCACAUGCGUCCCGCCCCUCGGCUGGGCGUGGCCUGCUCCUACCCUCGCCUUCCCCUCCAGGGGGCGGAGCUGGGGGAGGGGUCCACGAGCGAGUCACGUCCAACAGGCGGAGCCGAGCACUAGGGGGCCGGCUGGGGAGGCGCCACAUCCGGCGGCUGACUCGUCGUGUAUAAAGCCGAGGCCGCCGCAGUCAGCGUCCAGCAGUAGCCCUGGGCUCUUUUCGGCUGCGGGAGCCGCUGCUCCAAUGCCCCACAGCGGCCAUGAGCAUCCCACACUGGUGGGACCAGCUGCGGGCCGGCAGCUCGGAGGUGGAUUGGUGCGAGGACAACUACACCAUCGUGCCUGCCAUCGCCGAGUUCUACAACACGAUCAGCAACGUCUUAUUUUUCGUUUUACCGCCCAUCUGCAUGUGCUUAUUUCGCCAGUACGCAACAUGCUUCAACAGUGGGAUCUACCUAAUAUGGACGCUCUUAGUUGUAGUGGGAAUUGGAUCCGUCUACUUCCAUGCAACCCUAAGUUUCUUGGGUCAGAUGCUCGAUGAACUUGCAAUCCUUUGGGUUCUGAUGUGUGCUCUGGCCAUGUGGUUCCCCAGAAGGUAUCUACCAAAGGUCUUUCGGAACGACAGGGGCAGGUUCAAGGCGGUGGUCUGCGUCCUUUCUGCUGUCACGACUUGCCUGGCGUUUGUCAAGCCCGCCAUCAACAAUAUCUCUCUGAUGACCCUCGGGGUUCCUUGCACUGUGCUGCUCAUUGCAGAGCUAAGAAGGUCUGUGUUACACAUGGGUGGACAUGUCCGGAAGGUAGCUGCAUAUGUGAGUCUCGAGUCAGGGAGAGGCCUGGGUGAGAACACGGCUUUGGGAGUCAUCUGUGUAUGUGUGACAACGUGCGUGUCUUCAAGCUGGGCCUCUUCUCCGGCCUCUGGUGGACCCUGGCGCUCUUCUGCUGGAUCAGUGACCGAGCCUUCUGUGAGCUGCUUUCGUCCUUCCACUUUCCCUACCUGCACUGCGUGUGGCACAUUCUCAUCUGCCUUGCUGCCUACCUGGGCUGUGUAUGCUUUGCCUACUUCGAUGCUGCCUCCGAGAUCCCCGAGCAGGGCCCUGUCAUCAAGUUCUGGCCCAGCGAGAAAUGGGCCUUCAUCGGCGUCCCCUACGUGUCGCUCCUGUGUGCCAGCAAGAAAUCACCGGUCAAGAUCACGUGAUGGCAAGGCAGUGGCUGGCUUCUCUGCUUGUUUUCCCUCCUGCACUGGGCUUCGCUUGCCGGCAAAGACAGCCGGUGGUUUGUAGAGUUGGGGGUAGGGUCUGUCUUCUUAGUAUUCUGUUCCCUUGAGCUCUGACUAGCGUGUCUGUGGCCCACCAGGACUCCAGUGUGCAUGAGGAGGAGGGUCUGCCCCGUUCCCGAGGAUGGAAAGUGCAGAACUGAGGGCCACCAGGUAGAUCUUCUCAGUGUCCCUUUCAGAUGCAGUGACUGGUUGGGCUGAAUCCUUUGUGAUGGCAGAGCAGUCCUUUUGGGGAGCCUCAUUUCCCAGGAGGAGUUUGCUGCAGACCCCACGAUUCCCAUGGGCUCUCAGAGUGGACGCUCUUGCUGACAUACAAACUCUGUGACAGGCAAGACGGGCUGACUGAUGGAAGAUGCCAGGGAUUUUCAUUUGGGAAAACAGUCCUAAAAUAAAAGCAAGCCAAUGAAACCCCCACAGGGCUUGUGGCUGAGGAGGCUGCUAGUCCACUGGGAGAUCUCAGUAACUGGAUUUUACAUGUGCUUGUGAAUCCUUUCUCUACUACCUCUGCUGAGUGACGGGGACUUCAGAGGAGGGUGAAGCAGACGGAAAAACCCUCUGUGCCAAAAGCUACACUCCACUUUAAGCCAUUCUUGAAGAUGAGCACAAUUCCUAAAUGUCGACUUUGUUGCCCGCCCCCCCCCCCCCCCCAGCCCAGUGGCCUCCAGCACACCGAGAAUAGGUGUGGUUGAGCCCUCUGCACAUAGACCCCUGCUCCUUACUGCUGAGCUCUGUAAGGUCAAGGCCUUGGGAUGGUCACGGUGGGGAUCCUCGUUCAACAUCUGGAGCCAACACGAAGUUCUGGAAACUUUUGCUGAUGGGAAGCCUUCUAUUCUGGAAGUCCGGUAUUUCCUGCGGGAGUCGUACUCCAUAGUCUCACAGUACAAGGUGCUUCCUGCUGUUUCUCCGAGCAUCUGACCACUGCUUCUCUCGAGGACUGAGGGGACUACAUGCUGGCUUUUGGGGUUGCGGGUGCAGUGGGCAAGUCUGUUGCCUUCAGAGGUCUUCCUCAGCUCAAAUGACACUGGCUACCACUAACCUCUUCACUGGGCUGAAUGAAGACUCCAGAAUGGUCAUCACGGUGUGUGGGGGGGAAUACAGGGCCUCAGGGAUACUCACUGAAGCUCCGACAUCUCCUGCCUUGCAGCAUUCCAUUGUGAAAGAGCAGGAGGAGGUGCCCUUGUGAGGGCAGGAGUUGUGUCACCAAGGACCGAAGAGUUGGGCAGUGCCAGUCCGUGGCAUGUCUGGGAACUCUUGCUUUGAUUAGAAUUUUGUACAGGAUCGAAGGUGAAAAGUCCAAUAAGGAGCAAUGAACCGAGGGUUUAAAAAUGAAUGACAUUGUUCUCCUGUGGUUUUCAAGUUAUUUUUAGCAGAACCCUACUUACACUAAGAAAUCUUGAGGGAACCCAAAUGUGAGAAAUAUGUUCUAUCCGUUUAAGUUUAUUUGAAGGUUAAACUUAUCUAUUUCUCUAAUAUCAUGCAGUGAAAGUGCAAGUUAAAUUGUGGUUUCCAUGGUAAAAAAUUUGGUGUUGAAGGAGUGUACCUGUUUAUUAUGGUUUAAAAAAAUACUUUGAAGAAAGGUAUUUAUGUAUUUGUGGGGUUCUAACGCACCUCUGACACCUAGGUGGUUCCAUCCGAGAGUUUUAAAACUGUGGUCUAGAAUUUUUUAAAGGGAAAUAGCAGUCCUCGAUUCAGAUUAAUUUUACCAGGCAUGGAUUCUGGGCUCAUCCAUUCUGCAGUAUAAAAAUGCUCCAAAGUAAGGGGAAGCUUUGAUGUACUUCAGGUCCAGCUGUCUUAGUGUGGAAGCGUGGUUGGGGAGAGGCAGGGGUGUGGGAAGUGUUUGUGUUAUAUGUGAGGUUUAAUUGCUGUCUUGGGAGUUCCUCAGUGAUGGGAACAUUGUUCCAGCAGUCAAGGAGGGACUGUGUCUCCCUAGCAGGUAAAGGGGUGGAUCCCUGAGGAACAUCACCUCCAGCUCUCAACUCUUUGACCUUGCUCUUCUGGAAAUUUCUGAGUGUCCUUUGGAAAUAGGGAUACAACAUGACUGCUGGAAAUAAGGAAAUCAGUGCCCCCAACUCACAGAGCUGUUUCCAUCCAUUUUCUACAAGACAAACGAUUUAGUUCAGAUGUCAGAAGGGAUGUUUUUGCUGUUAAACCCAAAAAACAACCCCCCAAAAACAGAAGGCCCUUCUAGAGAUUGUUUUUAAUGAGCUGAGGGCUGAUAAAGAAGUACGGAAUGGGUCUAUUUGAGGACAAAAACAGAACUCUUGGACAAAAAAAAUCACUCUAGCUUGAUAGUGUGAAGAUGGUAAAUUGAGAAAGUAGGAGUUGAACAAUCUUUUUUGAAGUUAGUCUUAUGGCAUCAUACUUAUAUUUACAUUUAUAUUUAUGAUGCUUUUCUAGCACUAAACACUCUUGAAAGAAAAUUGGAAAACUACAGGAAAGUUGAAGAGAAAAAAAGUCUGCGUUUCUACUGGCCAAGGACAAUCAUUGUUAAUAUUUUGGUAUUUGGUGUAUUUCCUUCUCAUCUUCCCCCUUUCCUCCCACCACAGAGUUGUAAGUAGCUGACUUUUAGAGUGGACAGUUCAUCCGAUUGCUUGAAUGGAUUUUAAAUGCCAAUUGUGUGUUUUUCAUGAAGAGCAGCUUUUGGGACACACACCGGUUGGAGCUGUACACUUGAGAGCUCAUCACUGGAUUCUGACUUACUGCUGAGUCUUUUUAAAUUGAACCUGGCAUGAAUGGGUCCUAAGAAAUAAUGAACUGAAUUCUACUUUUCGAGAGGCCUCUGCUCUUGGAUUGACAGGUCACGGGAAACCGCUGUUAAAAAUAGGGCUCUACAGGUUUUCAGAUUUAAAAAAAGUGAAUAGCUUAUUAAUUGAUGUGCAAUCAAGAAUCUUUUUGUUUUUUUUCCCCUAAUAAUGCAGGGACAUGGAGAUUUGAUGUUUGGGAGUUAGUCACAGUGAGGGGCUGCCGUGACCUAUCACAGUUUUAUUCUGCUUAGAUAGAAUUUGCAAGAUCGAGAACCGGCAGGAAUUGGAUCUAAGAUAUUAAACAUUAUUAUCCUAGUUACCAAGCAAUCAUUUAAGUCUGAUUCUUAUUUUACAGUGUUUGAUUGAAUCUUGAUUUUUAGAAAAAAAUCUUUUCUCUUUAUGAUUCUGAUUGUAUUUGUUAGCACUUCAGUGAAUAUAUUUAAGGUGUAGGGGGAAAAGAUACCUGACUCUGGUAACAGGCUACAUUUUGGGGGAAACUAGGCCUGUCCCUCGGAUGAGUGCCCACAACGUUAUUUGCGGACCCAAGAUGUUCUGUUGGGGGGAUCUAAGCUUGAUGGUCAUCAAGCACAGACUUUCUGAAAAAUACCGUAACUUGUUCUUUUUAUUGAAUUCUCAGGUGUUUUAAAACUUCUCACCAGUUCGUCACGCUUAUGUGAGCCGGCGCCAUGUCGGAGGCUCUGAGAAUGGGAUGGAGUCUCCUUGGCUCUUCAUCCCUGGGGGCUGACGCGCAACCAUCUCUGGAGGAUGGGGGAGGGCCGAAGCUUGUCCAACGAGCCCCCCUCUCCUAGCUCCUUUUCCCCAAAUGAGCUUGGAACCUUUCAUUGCCAGCUCUUUGCCUGGGUGCUACCAUUCCAGCUGGCUAAAGAGAAUUGGCAGGCCAGAUCGGGGUUCUCAAUGGAUUUUAAGGACAUUCUCCUACAGAUUUAAAAAAAAAAAAAAAAAAAGGACUAAUUGAAUGGUUUCUUUCUCUGUUAAACCAGAUUGAAGACUAUUUUAUAAUCACAGUGUGUAAUCAGAGCAUAUAUAUUUUCAGAUAUAUCCCUUGUUUUAUACUUUAUAGAGUUGUGCGGUAUAAGGGUGGUGUACCCACUGGCUGUGGUAGCAUUUAGUCUCCAUUGUUUGGGAGUGAUUUGAAGCCUUUUGAAAUGGAGCUUUUGCACUUUAUGCUAUUUUUGUGAGCUAUGAUGGUUAUAUUCGAUAUUAAAGCCGUAAGUGGCAUUGUCUGUGAA